AUUUCUCAGUAUAAUCAAAAUCCCUGGUGUCUCUUCAUCUACCUCUCCAUCACCUCCGGAGCAUGAGGAUGUUACUGUGGUGUUUCUUUGGUUUGGUGAGCAUCUUUAUGCUUUGUAAAGGUCAGGACAGUGAAUGUGACAACUUCACCGAUCUGAAUUUCCACGAAUCGUUCAUUGGGACCAGUCUGUACGUGCGGCUGCUUCUCUACACCCGUGCCAACCUCGACUGUGGUCAUGAGAUGCCCCACCAUAACCUCACUCUAGAGCCCCUGUUUGAUGCAAGCAGACCAACAACCUUUGUCAUUCAUGGCUACAGACCCACAGGCGCACCACCUAUCUGGAUCGACCACAUCGCACAUCUGCUAGCAGCACAGGAGGAUAUGAACAUACUAGUCGUGGACUGGAACAGAGGGGCCGCAAAUGUCAACUACUUCACAGCUGUGGCCAACUCACAUCGCACAGCUGCCAAUAUCACAGGCUUCAUAGAGAGCAUGGAGAAAGAGGGAGCAUCUCUCGACUCCAUCCAUCUGAUUGGGGUCAGCCUGGGUGCACAUGUGGCUGGUUUUAUAGGGGCAAUGCUAGGAGGAAGAGUGGGCAGAAUCACAGGUCUAGACCCAGCUGGGCCAAUGUUUGCAGGAGUUUCCCCUGAGGAACGUCUUGAUCCAACUGAUGCCCAGUUUGUUGAUGUGCUUCACACAGAUAUGAAUUCAUUUGGCCUCAGAGGAACUCAUGGUCAUAUUGAUUUCUAUGCCAAUGGAGGAUUAGAUCAGCCGGGCUGUCCCAAAACAAUCUUCUCAGGGAAAUCAUAUUUUGUUUGUGAUCACCAGAGGUCUGUUUUUCUGUACCUGUGUGCUUUGAAUCACACCUGUAAUCUCAUGGCAUACCCAUGUUCCUCCUACACGGACUUCCUCAAUGGCCAGUGUUUGCAAUGCGAGACCUUCAAACCAGCUUCCUGUCCUGUUUUAGGUUAUAACAUGAGUCAAUGGAGGGAUACACUCCUGAGCUUGGGGCAAACGAGAGUUUUUUUCUCAACUACGGCAGAAGUCCCCUACAGCAAGACAAGCUACAGAGUGGACAUUGUAACCUGGAACCAGUUUUUACGCUGGGGGGUGGUAACACUUCGACUGCACAAUGGAAAAAAUGUAAUAGAGUCCAGGAUAGACCACAGGCUUAUGCGCUUCGAGCAGUAUACAUCCACACGACUACUGGCCCAGUUUGAUGAGGAUCUAUACCCAGUUCAGAAAAUCUCUUUACGGAUCGCCACUGGGAAUGUUAUAGGACCACGUUAUAAAAUAAGGCUGCUCCGAAUUCGUAUAACACCGUUGGAAAAACCGGAAAGGCCACUGAUGUGUCGAUAUGACAUUAUUUUGGAGGAGAAUGCUGAGGUGUCCUUUAAACCACUACCCUGUAACUAACUUCACCUGUAAGAAAUUACCUUGAAAAGCUUGUCUGCUUAUUCAGGGUGGGCCAACAGACUAAUAAAACACAAAUAAACAAACAGUAUACAUAAAAAUUUAUUUUGUACUGCUACUAUAAAGUAUUUCUAUGUGAAACUUAUCAACUUAAAGUUA